UUCGACUUUGGUUUGGCGCGUGAAUGCUCUUCGUCCGUUUGUUUACAUCGGUGGCUCGUGUAGUUGCCAUUCCUAGGAAUUCCUCCAUUCCCGUCCAGAAGUGCAACAUGGGAAUAUUGGGAUUGUCCAAGCUGAUCGCGGACGUUGCCCCGUCGGCCGUCAAGGAGAAUGAGAUCAAGAAUUAUUUCGGCCGCAAGGUAGCGGUUGAUGCAUCGAUGAGUCUCUACCAGUUCUUGGUGGCAGUGAGACAAGAAGGCAACAUGCUUAUGACUGCUGAUGGAGAAACAACCAGCCAUCUCAUGGGGUUCUUCUAUAGAACUAUUCGUAUGGUGGAAAAUGGCAUCAAGCCCGUUUACGUAUUUGAUGGCAAACCUCCAACGAUGAAAGGUGGAGAGUUGGCCAAGAGAGCUGAAAGAAGAGAGGAAGCGCAGAAGGCUCUUGAAAAAGCCGAGGAGGCUGGUAAUGUUGAAGACAUUGACAAAUUCAGCCGUCGUCUGGUCAAGGUCACAAAGCAGCAUUCAGAAGAAGCCAAAACUUUACUGAAGCUGAUGGGGAUCCCUUAUGUCGAAGCUCCUUGUGAAGCUGAAGCGCAGUGUGCUGCUUUAGCAAAAGCUGGCAAGGUGUAUGGUGUUGCCACUGAGGAUAUGGAUGCUUUAACCUUUGGCACUCCCAUUUUGCUCCGACACAUGACUUUCAGCGAGGCACGUAAGAUGCCCAUUAAGGAAUUCCAUCUAGAAAGAGUUCUAAAAGAUUUGGAAAUCUCCCAGGAGGAGUUCAUCGACAUGUGCAUAUUAUUAGGAUGUGAUUAUUGCGACAGCAUAAAGGGUAUUGGCCCAAAGAGGGCCAUUGAACUUGUCCGUAAUCAUAAAAAUAUUGAUAAAAUUCUCCAAAAUAUUGACAAAAAGAAGUAUCCUCCCCCAGAAGAUUGGCCAUUUGAAGAAGCUCGGAGACUGUUUGUAGAGCCCGAAGUCAAGGAUCCCAAAGAAAUUGAGCUGAAGUGGUCAGAACCAGAUGAAGAAGGUCUCGUAAAAUAUAUGUGUGAAGAAAAAGGAUUUUCUGAAGAGAGAAUACGAAAUGGCGCCAAGAAACUGACAAAAGCUCGAAAUACCACCACUCAGGGCCGUCUGGAUUCGUUCUUUAAGAUUCUUCCUUCUCCUGUUAAUAACGAUAAUAAGCGAAAGUCUACGGAAAAACCUGCAGCUGGUAAGAAAGCUAAGCGAGGUGGUGGUGGUGGCUUUAAGAGAGGAAAGUAAGGUGAACGAGUACUUCACCGUAGUUCAACAAAACCUCAGAAGAACUUGAACUUUGCUGAAAGUUCAUAGUAUCGAGUAAUUAAUUUUGCUUAUUGACAGUCAUCAAUUAUCAUCGUGAUGUGUGUGUUUUUUUUUUUUUUUUUUUUUUUUUUUUUUUUUUUUUUUAUCAAGAUUUGGUUACAAUGAGAGGCAAGGUAUUUUGACUUUGCACAUUACAUGCAAACUUUGUUUCAGAGAGAAAGCAAGUGGUAUACUAUUUGAAACCAUAAAAAUCCAGGUAUAAUUGAAGUGACUUUAGAAUAUAUCUUCUCUCAGUACUUAAGUCGUCAUUUUGCAAUCAGAACACAUUAUGAUAAGGACUGGAAAUUAGUGUCAUUUCUCCUAUAGUGUGCAUUUUGUGAAAAAAAUCAUCUGUUCAGUAUUAGUAAGGUGAAUCUUGGCAGUAAUUCAGAUAAAUAUUACAAAAAGCUAUGUGAAAUCUCAUGGUAGAUAGGACAUGUUUUUACAGUAUUGAUUGAAAAUAGUUUUACGUUUUAUCAGCUGAUAGAUAAAUCAGUGCUGUACUAUUGAAAAAAAAUGUGUACAUCAGAAUUGAAACUGAACUAGUUGUGUCUUGUACUAAUUUUAGCCUUGAUCAUUAAUUAUUAUUUUCAAUGUUUGGUAAAAGAAUCUCAUUGCUUAACAUUGUGUUCUGGUGAUGGUGUUCUGUACAAUAAAGCGUUUGUUAUUAAUCACAUAAUUUAUUCCACAGACUGGAUGGCACUAGAAGUAAUUUUUUAUUGAUAUUUCUUUGUGGUUUUGUUUAUAGUCAUUACGUGGAAAGUUUUGUUUGUGUGGAUGGUAUACGUAUUACUUUAGCUUUUUGGCCAUUCUCAGUGUACUACCAGAUGACUGACAGGGAUUAACUUAAUUAUUUGAAUUCUGUCUUGGAUAAUUGACAUUCCUAUUCAUAUUCCAAAAAAUCAUUCAGUUUAUAGUAUUUUUAAGGCAGUUGAGAUGUCAUAUUUUUCUAUCGGUAUAGAUACUUGUUACAGUUUUUAUUCAUUUGCAUAGAUUUGCCCAUCAUCCAUAUCACUGUUGUGAGACUUUUAUUCCAUCAUAAUACCUUUUUUAGGCUUUGCAGAUUGUUUUUUCAUAGGCAAUUAAAAUGUUUUGUAAUUAAAAAGCUUUUAGUAUUAGUUUUUUAUUUUAAGUUUUUUUUAAAAUGCAGCUUGAGAAAUUAAGCAGCUAAAAUUGAAUACAGUAUUGUAACAGUGACUUUGAGCAAAUGUUGGUUAUUAUAGUCUUGUUAAAAUUGUCAAGAGCUACAAUGAAAUAUAAUGCUCAUAUUUUUUUGAUGAAUAGGACUUGAAUCCAACCAAUAAUCUCUAUUACAACUUUUUAAACAGAUGGCAUACUUUCUGUUAUUCAUAUACCUUGAACUUGUAACUUUAUGAAAGGUAAUGAAAAACAAUCUGCUAACUAAUGAUUUAUUACUCAAAACAUAUUUACAAUAGUAU